AUGUCCGAUUUCUUCAAGGCCUUCAACAAACUCAUGGGUCAACGACAGCGAGCGACUCUCGCGUACCGCCCACAAGCAAACGGGGCGGCGGAGCGCAUGGUGCAGACGAUCACGAGCACCAUCAAGAUGUACAUCGCGGACAACGACCAGCGCGACUGGGACGAGUACGCGGAACGGCUCACCUACGCCCUGAACACCGCCCACGAUCGAACACGGGACGAAACACCGUUUUUCUUGGUGCAUGGGUGGGACCCACGGUCCACCCUGGAAGCGACGCUAGCGAUUGGUAACACCUCGCAUCGAGACGUUGAAGCUAGGCGAUGGAGAAUGCGUAUACAGCGCCACUACAAAACCGCACGCGCACAAGCGCUCGAGUUGAUCCGCGAAGCAGUGGACACGCGGGCUACGCGGCAGAACGCACGCGCGACGGAACACGCAAUACAACGCGGAUCUCAAGUCUGGCUGUAUCUCGAUCGGGUCAAGCCCGGAUACGCGCGCAAACUUGCGCACUUGUGGCACGGCCCGUUCCGCGUCGCCGAAUUGGUGAGCGCGUACGCCGUGCGUCUGGAGACCAACGGAACCCCGUACCAACUGUUCCCAAUAGUGCACGUCUCGAAGUUGAAGCCCCUCCUCCCUGAGGACAGCUGGGAGACGCACGAUGCAGACGACGAUGUGUACGAGGUCGAGCAAAUUCUGGAUGUACGCGAAGGUCGCACAACGCGCUAUGGACGAACGCGGCGCGAGUUCCGUGUGAAGUGGCGAGGAUACCGAGAGACGAGCUGGGUGGAUGAGCUGGACUUGAACUGCGGAGGACUCUUGUAUGACUUCCUGCGAAAACGCACAGGUCGAAGCCGAUUCGAAGUGAUGCAGUCCCACGAGGACGCGUCUACCGAGAGCUGA